AUGCUGCUUCCUCCCACCGAUCCGCACCUUUCGACCGCAAGCACGCAAUCAACGUUCGAAACCAUGGGACAUACGUGGCGCAACGUCAACUCGCCGCAGGUCGUACCUGAAGCUCACGAUGAUCUCUCCGACGAGUAUUCAUGCUAUCAGCAACGCGUUGAGAGCCGCGCUUCUGGUACUGCGGCGGUGGAGACUGCAAAGCAUAAUCGCCGACGCGACGCAGCAUUGUCACGCCUCUACAACGUGUUCGACGGCAAGAGUGACUCGGGCGACCAGAAGCCAUACAGUCAGACUGUUAGCGCCAACAGCGAGGACGGAUGUGUAGGGCAGCCUGAGCAACCAUCAACGCCCAAGAAGAACCGCGUUCCGCUCCUUUGGCAUGGACUACCAUCCCCAGAAACCCCGACAUUUCGCAACUAUACACGAGCUAUUCCUUCAACUAGCACUGCGCAAGAGGAGCUAUCAUGGCAGACUUCCCUUGAGGAGACCAAGGUUAGUAUCGAGACCGCCCUAAGCAAAGCGAAAGACGAUUCCAAUGAGUUUUCAAUUCCGGCGCAGUCUCCCAUGGACCUUGAAGAAGCCAAUGAAGACGAUAGCAAGCCUAUGAUCUCCCAGUCUCCCGAUGUUGAUACCCGGGCUGAUGCGAGACUUGCGCGCCAACUGGAAGAGUCGCUCAGUCCGACGGCCACGCGUCGCAGUACCAGACUGCGCACGCAGCCCAAGCCAACUUAUACUGUUCAGCCACUGCUGGCAGCGCCCAAGUCUGCUCGCAAACUACUUUCCGCAGCGAAAGCGGCAGAACCCCAAGUGCAGCCAGAGUACGACACUCAACCCAUCAAGGCCGAUCCUAUACCGUUCGAUGGACUAUCCACUGUGCACUCGCUAUCUUGGCAACUCCAAUACCCUCCGGGCGGAAGCACUCACCCCUGUUACCCGUAUCCUGCCCUGGACCCUCGUCUGCUCUUCCAUCAAGCCUUUGUCCCAAUCAUUGGCGGCUUACCCGACUUCACCUUGGUUCAAAAGCUUGUACUUCCCAUGGGCUGGAAGCAAGUUUCAUGGUCAGGCCUGCUGCCGAUCGUGUUUGAUCCAUAUCGCCAAGCGUUCAAGCUCACACCAGUUGGGCCGAUGCCACUCACAUGCGAGGAACUUCACCAACAGGGUCUUCACAAGUAUGUUCCCGGCGGCGAGCUGCACCCAGAAUAUGGCAUGCUGCCUGACAUGCUCAAACUCAGCGAUGGGAGCGAUACUGACGUAUUCAACUUCGACGGGGUCGAUUGGGUCUUGCCAUGGAAGGGCCAGAUUGACUUCCACGCCCCCUCCAAUGCUACCACCGAGCAGCUCGGCAGCUAUGAGAUCACCAGCCCCGUUGGCUCCGACACUUUUGCGCCUGUUCUUAUCCAUCCAUGGAGCGAGGCGCGAGACUGCCCGGACAAGGUCUUCGACAUCUGCGAUGCGUGGCGCUGGCUAUCAUCCAAAGAGACCAACCCUGACACGGACUUCACCCCUACACCUGGUAUGAACUGGCGCGGAACCGGCGCAAUACGCUCGAUGCGUAAGUUCAAGUUCCCUAUUCCCGAGCUGAUGAUGCUUGCCAUGCCGGAUCCGACUACAACGGAGAACAAGCAUAUUGUAUUGCUCCAGAACCAAGAUGAUGGAGUCAAAGAUAAGAACCAGUUCUGUCCAUUCAAAAGUGUCGCGACAUCCAUCACGGUUGACAUAACCCUCCUUGGCGACACCGAGUUCACGAUCAUGGAGCUACUGUCGUACUUUCCUCAACACUACUACUGGGGUCAUGCUGCUGAGCGAUUCAUGAGAGCUGGGGUUACAUGGAGCUUGGUACGGGACUCUCUCAUUAUGACACGAGGUCUUCAAGGCGAUGAAGUCAUGAUGGCGAGUAGUAUCUGUAAUGCAGCAAAAGCUGCCAGGAAGAGGGAUUGCGUCAAGGUCGAAGAGAUGGACAUUGAUGAAGUUGGCAAGGAUACACCGUCGCCCACGCUCACACCAGCUAUCAAUUCCACUAUCGUUGACUUGACCUCGAGCUAUACAGCUGAAGGGUGGACUUACAACGUAUGGGAGAAGAUCGACUACCCGCUGCUCGCGCUCGCGCACGGUUUGCAACUUUGGCCUACUGGUCUGGAUGCCGGUCCGCUGACAGCACUCAUACGGUGGUGCAAAGAGAAAGGUCGAUACAAAGCCAUGCUUAGCGAAGUUCCUGCGCUGCUGAAAGAAGCAGGCAUUGAGCCACUGAUUGAGCCGGGUGAGAACGGAUGUCCGGAUAAGGAAUUUACAGGCAGACACGCUGGGGCAUUGAAGAAGGAUAGGCUCAGGGUGGUUCGAGAUGCGGGUGUCAACAAGAGGGCACUCGAUGGCGGUGCUAGUGAGACUCAGGGAAAGAGGAGGAAGGCUGAGUAG